UGUUUCAGUCAAUUCUUAUUCCUUUUACAAUAAAUAAUGCUAUCUUAAUUGCAUUAUUUUCCUUGAAAAACCUUAAUUUGAACACCAACCUCCAGCUGUCUGAACACCGUUAAAACUACAAUGCAGAAUGUUCGCUCAAGUGACCUUGCAUACUUUACUUGGUGAAUUUUUUCGCCUUUUUAAGGAAAUGAAUAUCCCAGCUUAUACAUGCCCCACGUUGCGUCUUGGACGGACUUUUGACGCCGAAACUUCUAGUGCUUGCAGUACUGACAUCUUCCCAGAGGGAACCCAAACAGAGCAGAAAAAUGUCAAUACGUUUUCGUUCAAGUACAAAGUUGUAGACUCCUGCAAAGAUGUGAACGAGUUAUUGGGCGUAUCUGGAGAGCUGUCGUUAAAAAUCAAGGCCAAUGUUCUUGAAGUGGAAGGAAUAGGAAAGUACAUAACUGAAAACAUGACAGAAGAGGGAACAACCAACCUUUUGGCUGUAAUGAAAUGCACCACGGUAAUUGAGACCAUAGUUGGACAGCCGAAACCAAAAUACGAUGAAGAAUGUAUCCAGGGAGUCGGUAAGCAGUAUGUAAGGAGCAUUAUAUACGGUGCUGAGAUGGCCGCAAGUCUGAAAUUCAAGCCCUCGUCAACUCGUAAAAGAGUAGAUAUCCAUGGAGGUUGUGAUGGACAGCUGAACCCCUUAAUUGCCAAUGCUGGACUGAAAGCUUCAUUAGACAAACUGUCCUCAGAGUGUAAUGACUUGUCAGAUAUUACCAUCCAAUAUUAUGCCACAGACAUGCCAGACAAACUUCCUACAACACUGGAAGACUUGCUGUCUUUGAUUGAGAGUUUCCCUUCUAGAUUGGAGCGUAUUAACAAUGGUAGAGGGAUUCCCAUGAAGUUCGAACUCCUGCCUACAAAGGACAUUAUUCCAACUGCAAGAGCAUACAUACAGCAAAGAGUGUCGAUGGAUAAAACGGAGGAAUUAGGAAACCUCUUUGAUGACCUUCGCAACGCUCGUACCUACGCUAACAGGUACCUGGACAGUGUCGAAGAAAUUGAUGAUGAUAUUCAGAGUUUCAUCUCUAAAGUGAAAGAACUCUUGCGUGAUUUCCAUUCGGCAAUUUCUGCUUUGAACAAGAGUGAGGGACAGGAGCUGGUAGAUGCUUGUCUGGACGCUUACAAGCAAGCCUUGGACGGAUACGAUGUCGAGGGGAAAUUUGUCCGGAGGUGGAACAAAAUAAUGAAAACAAAGCUCCCCAUUGAGAAGCCACUGACUAUUGUUCUGCUUGGAAAGACUGGAAAUGGAAAAAGUGCUACUGGUAACGGAAUAAUUGGAAAGGAACAAUUUGAUGUCAACGAUGGUGCUCAGUCUGAAACGCAAUACUGUCAAAAAGGCACUGGAACCAUUAACGACAGAGAGGUUACAGUGAUAGACACCCCGGGUAUUCUAGAUACGUCGGUUGUAAAGAUGAUGGGCGGUUUCAAAUCCUGGCUCCCCGCUUACACAGUCGAUCAAGAAAGAAUCCUAACGGAACUGGCAAAGAUGUACACUAUGGCUCCUCAAGGCUUCGAUGCCAUCAUUCUGGUAGCUAAGUUUGGCGCACGAUUUACUGCCGAAGACGCGGAAGCACUGAAUUUGCUGNAAAUGACGAUUUUAACGGAAUUUGCCUAUCUACCACACCGCAUUGAGAAGCCACUGACCAUAGUUCUGCUUGGAAAGACUGGAAAUGGAAAAAGUGCCACUGGUAACGGAAUAAUUGGGAAGGAACAAUUUGAUGUCAACGAUGGUGCUCAGCGGUCUGAAAGGCAAUACUGUCAAAAAGGCACUGGAACCAUUAACGACAGAGAGGUUACAGUGAUAGAUACCCCGGGUAUUCUAGAUACGUCGGUUGUAAAUAUGACGGCUGGUUACAACCCCUGGCUGCCCGCUUACAAAGUCGAUCAAGAAAGGAUCCUAACGGAACUGGCAAAGAUGUACACUAUGGCUCCUCAAGGCUUCGAUGCCAUCAUUCUGGUAGCUAAGUUUGGCGCACGAUUUACUGCCGAAGACGCGGAAGCACUGAAUUUGCUGAAACGUUUCAUGGGUAAAGAGUCCGAAAGUCACAUGAUCCUGCUACUAACACGUGGCGAUGAAGCUGCACGUAAUGCACGGAGGAAGAAAGUCUCUCCAGUCGAGAAAUACGUUCAACAAUGGAUCGGUGGUAUGCCAGAAUGGGUUCGAGAUUUCGUACACCAAAUUGAAGAUCGAGUAGUUUUGUUCAACAACUUGCUAGAUGCUGACACAGAAUCCGAAGAUUAUCAUCGACAGCUAAGAGGACUGAUAGAGGUGAUAGAAACGAUGACUAAAGGUAAGGGGCCUUUCGUCAAUGACAAGACACAAAGCGUUAUGAACAGCAGGAUCGAGGACACACUGGCUGUAGCCGGAUACACAGAUGGAAGAGAAGAUUUAAUGAAGCGAUUAGAAAUUAUUGACAGAGACCUAAGGCAGGAAGAUAGACUUAGCUUCAGCGAGAAGAAAAAUCUUCGAGAGUCUCGAAACGAGAUCGAGAAGCAAAUCGAAGAAUAUGACAAAAGAGAAGAUGCUUGGCGAAAAAGGACUGAGCAGGCAAUACAACAAAAGCUCAAAAAAGAGGGAGGAUGCUAUCCUGGGUCAGCCAUCUUCGUUGACAAACAUGGCCGUAGACGACAAAUGGAUUCUCUAGAAGUUGGUGACGAGGUGCAGGUGAUCAUCAACAACGAGAUCCGAGCAGAACCAGUGAUCACCUUCAUCCACCGUCAGCCAGAAGUUAUGCAAAAAUUUCUCCAGAUCACAACUGAGAAGAACAACAUCCUGAAGAUCNUGACUAGAACACCAAAAGGAAGGAGGAUGGCAAGGCAUACAAGAGGAAAAAGUGGAUUCAUUCCUGAUAGUUAUGUGCAGAAGUGUACUGGUAAACCUUUGACUGUUGUUCUUCUUGGAAAAACUGGAAAUGGGAAGAGUGCUGCUGGUAACAAAAUAGUCGGCGCCAGCGACGACGCAGAGACGUUCCCUACCAGUGAUGGUGCUGAGUCUGAAACGGAAUUCUGUCGGGAUGGAUAUGGUACCAUUAACGGCAGACUCAUUACCGUGAUAGACACCCCUGGAAUUUUAGAUACAAAUAUUGUGAAAAAGAUGCAUAGCUGGGGUGCCUGGUUGCCUGCGUAUAGAGAGGAUCAAAAAAAAGUUUUAAGAGAAUUAACAAAUAUGUACACUAAGGCUCCAGAUGGUUUUGAUGCCAUCAUUCUUGUAUCUAAGUUUGGCGAGCGGUUUACUGCCGAGGAUGGAGAAGCACUGAAAUUGCUUACAGCCUUUAUGGGGAAAGAAGCCGAAGGUCACAUGAUCAUGCUUUUCACACGUGGUGAUGAAGCUGAACGUAAUGCACGAAAGAAGAAAGUCUCCUCGGUCGACGACUACGUAGAGCAGUGGCUCACUGGUAUGCCAGAAUGGGUGAAAGAUUUUAUCUGCCGAAUUGGUAAUCGAAAAGUCUUGUUCAACAAUAUUCUGGAUGCCGACGAGAAUCCGGAGGCUUAUCAAAAACAGCGACUACAACUGAUUGAGGUAAUUGACAAGAUGACUGAGGGAAAGCCCUUCAUCAAUUCUAAAACGAAAGCUGCGAAAGGGAUUGAAGAGGCGUUGAAUGCCACUGGAUACAAGCGUGAUUUACAAACAUUGAGAAAGAAAGUACAAGACAUUGACAAGGAUUUAAAAGAUCCGAAGUUGAGCCCCACUGGAAAAAGACGACUUCAAGAGUGUAGGGCCCAGCUCCAACAAGAAAUUAAUGACAAGGAGGAAAAAGAAAGAACAAAGCGAAAAGAGAUCGAGGAUAAAGUUCGAACAAAAAUCAAAGGAGAGAUAAAAGACGGAGGAUGCUAUCCUGGGUCAGCCAUCUUCGUUGACAAACAUGGCCGUAGACGACAAAUGGAUUCUCUAGAAGUUGGUGACGAGGUGCAGGUGAUCAUCAACAACGAGAUCCAGGCAGAACCAGUGAUCAUCUUCAUCCACCGUCAGUUAGAAGUUAUGCAAGAAUUUCUCCAGAUCAAAACUGAGAAGAACAACGUCCUGAAGAUCACUGAAGAUCAUCUGCUGUUUGUAGAGAAGACUGGCAAAGCAACAGCCAUCCCUGCCAGAGAUGUGAGAGUCGGAGAUAUUCUGUACGUGAGAGCAGACCAUAGUGUGGAGAAGGAUGCAGUUCUGAACAUCAGCAAGGUCUACGAGAAAGGUGUUUACGCCCCAGUGACCCUCAGUGGCACCAUUCUGGUCAACGAUGUGCACACCUCGUGUUACUUUGAUGUGCUGUCUCAUGAGUGGUCCCACAGAGCGAUGGGUGUUGUUCGCGCCGCGCAUUAUGUGUCCCCUUGGAUUCUGCAGUGGAUCAGUGGCGUUGGACAGAAGGAUGGAUUCCCAGGCUGGUGCAGACUGGCUCAUAAGAUGCUUACCUUGUCGGACUGAAUUAUGAACGGUACUGAUCUCUUAUUUUUACUUCUAUUUGAUUUGAUUUGAUCUGGCUUUAUAUCUGACUGCUUAGUUGUUCGAUCAUGUCGUUUUUUUCAACCACUUAUAAACACUAGGCUAAAAAGUGAAAGAAGAUUCUACAUACGUACUAAAUAACAAUUACUGGUACCAUGGAUUUGUAGUCAGUUUCCAAGAUAAAAGAAUUAGUUGCCUUGACAAAGAUCUUUGAGGCUAGCUUCACGCGUAACAAAGAACAUCCGUUUCGUUUAGUUGGUGUGACAAAGAUUGUGUGACAAAGAGCUUUGUCGUUGGUCGCUGGUGUGACAAAAACCUUGUAGCUGGAUGUCGUGACAAAGAACUUUGUGGUCUGUUGAGUUGCCGUGUCCAAAGAACUUGGUAGGUAGUGCGACCAUAUAGUUUGGGUGACAGAUAACGAAGUUCAGUUUGCCUGCAAUCUUUGUAGUUAUUUUGUGUAGUUAAAUAGAUUGUCUGAAAUGUAGUUGCAUGUAGUAAGCUCAGAGAAAGUUGCUUAGUUUUUCAGAGAACGUUGAGUUGUAGAAGAAGUUAGCGAUUUUGUGGGCUGACUCAAGGAGUUUGUAGUUAAUCUGGCCCCGACUUGCAAGCUCUUUUAAAGUCUCAUGAAGUUUGUGUUUCGCAAGACAAAGAACAUUUACAGCUGGUUUCAUUACAUUGUCUUGAAGUGCGUUUCCAACGAAACGUGAUUCGUUUGUCAUGAUUCGCUUAUACAGUAUCUAACCUCGCGUCUCUAGCAACUAUAUCGAUACGUACGGUACAAAUAUGUAGUUCAACAUGGGGCAGGUUCCAUAGAGAUUGUGUCAGAACUUCAGCAAACUUGCCAGCGCCAAGUGAUUAUUGUCGAAAUUAUGUUUGAGAACUCGGGUCUAGACACUGUACUGAAAUCAGUUGUAAGUUAAGGUGAAAGAGGAAACAUUGUUGCUGCUGAAAGAUCCUUUUCCCAGUUUAGCUACGCGGAAAACGCCUGUUUCAGAUUAACAUUGGGAGCUUUUUUCAAAGAAGAUGUUUCUGAGGCAUUUCCCGAACAUUUGUGCUUGAGAAUCUUUUGCUAUAAUGGGGGAGGGUCUGUUUCUGCAAUACUGCUGUUUUCUCGUUCAGUUCCUCAGGAGCGCAUGCUCCGUAAAUAAAUUAGCUUUGAACCUAAUUCACAUAACAAGACAGCUGAACUUAUCCGUUUAACUCUGUAAACGUUAGCUUUGCAACCUGGAGGACAGCUCAGGUGCACUUUUUAGAGGAAUAACGCUGAUGCAUCUUCUAUUUCCCCUAGUGAUUUUAUUGCCACAUUUAGAGUAACCGGAGAUAACUUUUGGUGGAAUUUAUCUCGUUUAGUCCAAUUCAGUAAUCUUCAGGUAGCCCAGUGUGUUGGAUGCAACCAUCUUGGUACUUCUUACACUUAAAACUGAAUUUACGCCACGCCCUCCAAACUGCAAACAGACCCUUAACGGAUUUAUCCGAAAUUGGUCCACGGUCAUCUCUGUUACUUUUAUGUGAAGAGAAGAUUAACCAUAGCUUUAGCUGUUAUUGACCUUAGGUGUCGAUUAAUACAUGGAUUCUGUUUUAAAUUUCAAAAGCGCACGUGAUCCUGUAGUACAACUGUUAACAAUCAAUUUGAAUUCGAGUCGUCCUUACUGGCUUUCCUGAUUUAGAAUUCGUCUGGAUUAGCUCCAUUUCAGUUCGCUGAAUGCCAGAAUUUUUAAAGACCUGCCCCUGAGCUCCUUCUUCAGACGAUGCUGGUAAACGAUGUGUAAAUAAACUUGUUGCUUUCUAGUAGAAUUUUACAUGUAAUAGUAACAUUUUCCAGCCCACUGUAGGGACAGUAUGUAUUCAUCAAUAUCAAGGUGUGAUUUAAUAAGGUAACCGGGUGUGGGUGUGCGCUUUUGCCAAUUAUAGCUUUAUUAAAAAAAAA